AUGCCGUGCUUUGUUGUUGUUGUUGUUGCUGCGAUUGCUCCUUCAGCAUCGUCAUCGUCAUCGUCAUCGUCAUCGUCAUCGUCAUCGUCAUCGUCAUCGUCAUCGUCAUCCAACAUUAUCGUCGUUAUUGCCAUCAACAUAAUCAUCAUGGGACAAGGGGGAUCGAAGAAGGGCGCUGGCGGCAAGCUGCCCAAGACGGGGCCAGCCUCUCAAAAAGGGGCGUUGGUGUUUCGCGUGCGGGAGAGCGACUACAACCUGGAAGGCUUCUUGGUGGUGGCCAACGACACGAUUCACUUCCAACCAAAGGCUUCGUCUGCCAUCAAAUCGUUCAGUCUGAAGCAUUUGCGAUCAUACGGACAGCAAGACGGGGUGUUCUCGUUCAAGACGGGGCGGGCGGCCUCGGAGCCAGAGAAGCUGUUCCGAUACACUGUCGUGGAUGGCUCGGACAUCCACGCCGCCUUGAAGCGGCACGUGACCCGCGUCAAGUCCACCCGCGACAUGCAGAAGUCGACGAGCGGAUCGUCACUGCCGCGCCCACUGCCGGCAACGCCGUCCUCAGCAUCGUCCGGGUAUGAGCAGCCAGGGAUGCACCCCGCCCCAGACUACGCGCAGCCAACAGACCUGCAGCAGCAGCCGCAGUAUGUGCAGCCGGACCCGGCCAGGCAGCAGCCCGACGACUACUUUGACACAGACGGCGCCAACCACGCCGAGUACGCGCGUGCCAACUACAGCGCACAGGACACGACAUACGACAGCCUGGACCAGACCACGCGGACAACCGCGCCGGCUCGCCGCCACCAGCAACAGCAGCAGCAGCGGGGCGGUGGGCAGCCCGUGUACUCGCACCUGCAGCACGAGGGCGGACCGGAGCAGGUGUACAGCAGCCUGGACCACAGCACGCAGCAGACGACGUUCCACAGCACGGCGGGCGGCAUCUACAAGGAGCUCAACAGGAGCGAGCAGACAUACAACUCGCUCGAGGGCACACACAUGCGCGCCCCCACGUCGGCAGAGAACCCGCACUUCUACGACCGCCUCAACUAG